CAUUUUCAGGAAAAAGAAGCUCAAGUUGAGAGAGAAAGAAUUGCCGAGGAACUUGCUAAACAAAGAGAAGCAGCUUACCGUCAGUUCCAACAGAACAUGCAAAACCAGCAACAAGACCCCAACCAGGGACCUAAUCAAAUGCCGAACACCAAUAGUGAAUUUUUUAACGCUUAUAAUUUUGGAAAUCAGAAUGCCUAUUAUGUGUAUUUGAAGCAGGCUCAAGCCCAAGCUCAAGCUCAACAACAAGCUCAACAACAACAAGCUCAGCAACAACAGGCCCAGCAAGCGCACCAGCAAGCUCAGGCUCAAGCAGCUGCGUACUUGGCUGCAGCGGCAAGAGCCCAAGCCCAAGCUCAAGCCCAAGCUCAAGCCCAGGCCCAAGCUCAGGCUCGAGCUCAGGCCCAAGCCCAGGCUCAGGCUCAAGCACGAGCACAGCAACAGAAACAACGAAAUCAGCCCAAUGCUAGUCAGCAAACGCCAAAACAGCAAACAGGACCUCAAUCUCAACAACCUAAUGCCACAGCUGAUGCUAAGGCUAAAGGUCUUCCGCAAUAUGACGUGUUGACCGUAGAAGAUUGUUUAAGCUAUGUUGAUGGUGUUGCUGUUGAUGACACGGGCAAAUUUCAGCAGCUAUUCAGAAUUCUUUCCAAUGGUCUUUCAGUUGUAUUGCAAAGUCUAAAUAAAUUGAAAGAAGUUAGAAAGACAAGACCUUUGAAUCCGAUGGAAUUGGAAGCAGAGCUUAAGCAUAAAAAAGAGCUGGAUAACCUACAGAGACAAGUUGCUAGGGCAAGAGAAAUGGCCAAAAACAAACAAAGAAGCGAUGACGAACCACUUAAAGCAUCUAGUUUCAACAAGCCAGUAGCAGAAAUCAUUGAGGAACCAGACUGAUCAAUAUUGCUUUCUUUUCAUCAUUCUUUUCUUCGCAUCAACCUUUUCAUUUUUUCAUUGUAUUAAUUUUUGUACAUCCUUCAUUCUGACUCGUAUUUUUCAAACCGUUAUUUAUGUUACUAUAUGUUUUCAAGUCAUCUCUAUCUCAAUCGAUAACAAAUAGGUUUUCAAUGUUCAUAAAUCAAUUGAAUUGAAGUUUCUUUACAAUAUUGAUAACAGUAUGAAGUCUAUUGAGAAAUUACGAUAAAAAAACCUGUUCCCGUUUUUACUUGCUGAUUUAGAGCAAGAAAAAACCUGAAUUCUUGAACAAGAAAAUUUCCGCUUGAUGAAAAAAUUAACAAAUGGCCGAUUCAGGUUCUUUGCUUAUGACUUAUAA